AUGCAAUUUUCCAUGAUUCGAAAUUCUCUACUACCCAACGGAACAUUUUCAUCUACUGAUGAUAUUCAUAUUAUUUCGAACCUAUGCGUAGCUAUUGAACAAUGGUCUCCACUACUAACCGAUGGUAUUCUUGUUGAUAAUUGUACUUUCAUUAUAAAUAUUUCGAAAACAACUAUAGCGCAAUAUAUAAGAGCACCUUUUAUUGGCCGCUUCGUAUCAAUUGAUGUUUCGAUUAUUAUUUACUUUGUUGGUGUAGAUCGUGGCGUGUUUCAAAACACAACAGUUCGGUAA